GCCGCCAUAGAACCCUAGCUCGGCCAUAAACCCUCCUGUGCUUCGACCUCCCCACCAAGAAAGAAAACACAGCCGAAUAAGAAGAAGAAAACACGGCCGAAUAGCUAGCUACCCACAUCCGCCCCCUUCCCGUCCCCCCUUCCUCAAGCCAGGACCAGACCAAGCUCGAUGGACCACGUGAGGGCGAUGGAGGAGCAGAUCGUGAUGCAGCGGAUCCAGAAGAAGCUGGAGGAGGUGAACGCCGCCGCCCAGCAGCACCUCGCCGGCGUGCAGGACCAUGUCAACUUCACUUUGCAGAAAGCCUACUUCCAGUGUGCAUAUGAGUGCUUUGAUAGGCGACAAAACCAAGAAGCGAUCGGCAGCUGCGUAGAGAACUGUAGCGUGCCUGUUCUUUCUGCCAACCAUGUUCUUCAGGAUGAGAUGGCUAAGUUCCAGGAAAGGAUGAACCGUUCUUUGAUGGUCUGCCAAGACAAAUUUGAAGCAGCAAAGCUCCAGAAGAUGAAAACAGAUGCAUCUCAGGAGUUCGAAUCCUGUGUGAACAGGUCUGUCGAGGACAGCAUCAGGGUUCUGCCCCAUGUGGUUGAGCAGAUCAAGUCUACUAUUCAUAUGAAUUAGAGGAAUCAUAGUCCAACCCCGUUUUUGGCCGCGGAAUCAUUAGCUGAAUCUAUGCAGAGCCUGUGUCAACUUUCGUGGAACAUGAUGACUGUACCUUGUUACUACUGGUCUACUGCUGUGAGAAUUAUGUCGGCAAGCGUUUUUUUUUUUUUGCUGAGAGAUUAUGCAAUCUAAAUGUUACCUUGUUACUAGACUAAAAUUUUCUUGCUUCAUCUUAUUGGCAUACAUCUUUCAAGUCA